AUGUGGCAUCUACAAUCACUCUCUAUCCAGAAACUGCGUCAGGAAGUCUAUCUUUGGCAACGGCUGGAACACCAACAUAUACUGCCUUUAUAUGGCAUUACGGGCAAUUUUGACGUUGUCCCAGCGCUAGUGUCUCCAUGGAUGGAAAAUGGUUCUCUUCAGCAAUAUCUGAAAACAAUGUGGGAUGCCGAGCAAUUGCCGCCUGAAAUGCAUCGUCUCUUUCGUCUUGUGAGCAUUUUUACGAUACACAAUGAAUCAGUGCAUUCUAAAGACAUUAUACACGGAGAUCUUAUGCCUUCUAAUGUUCUGAUCGAUGAGGACGGGAACGCUCUCCUUGCGGACUUCGGCCUGUCGCGCCUGCUGGCGGACCAUGAAACAUCCUUCUUCCAAUCUCACGGCCCAGGUGCAAUUCGUUGGGCUGCUCCAGAAAUCAUACCGCUCAAUCCUGACACACCCAACGGCGAAGUUAGUAAGCCAAAUAAAGAAAGUGACAUCUAUUCAUUUGGUUGCAUCAUGAUGCAGGUGUUAUCUGGCCAGCCCCCGUACUCUCAUAUAUUAAGCGAGCAUACUGUCACUGUGGCCAAAUUCCAAGGCACUCCACCAAGACAACCGCCUGCAAUCGCUGAUGUUCACUGGCGCUAUAUUGACCGAUGCUUGUCGCUAGACGUCGACACGCGACCUUUGGUUGACGAAGUUUUGGAAUACAUUGAGGUGGAAUAUGACAGACAUAAUUAA